AUGGAUAAGUGCGAGGAUAGUCCACAAGAAAACGGAUUUAACAAGUCCAUUUUUGUCCGACUUGCGGCUGAAAAAUUCUUUAAGAAGGAUUCCGAAUCGCAAGAACAAGAUGAAGUUUCCAUAGAAACAAAGGAGCAAGAAACCAAACAUAGUAAUUGCAUAGAUUGGGAAGAUCGAAAUUAUCCAAAGUUCAUAAAAUUGGUUCAUUAUGAUAUCAAAGAUAUAAAUGAAGAGCACCAAAGGAUAAUGAAACAUGUUCAUAAAUCGUGUUUCCUUUAUUUUGUACCAUUUUCACUCAAUCUUUUGACAACGAUCAUUUUGGCUGUAAGUUUAUUCACUUUAAAUUCAGUGGUAUAG